AAAAGUUCGUGGUGGCGGUGACGCGGAGUGAGGAGGACCAGUCGUGCACGCUGAGCCUGGUGUCUGGGGAGGGGCGCGUCACUUUUCAGUAUCUAGUCCAUGGUGUGCGUCCUCGAGGAAGGCGGGGAACCCUCAGUGCUUGCCGUCAGCGUCAACAAGGAGUUGCUGGGCCUGCUGGUGCAUCCUGACCUGCGUUCCCUCACCGCCCUCACCAUCACUCCAAACCUUGCGGUGGAUUCCAGGAUAUGUUCCGACGGACAAACCCUGGUGGUGUCCCAGCUGGAGGAGAACUACCACCUCUCCGUGUACCGGGCCACGCUCCUGCCGGGCCGUCUCCAGCUCAGCCUGCAGAGUCGCAUCCGGACCACCUCGCCGCCCAUCUGCUGGGACUUGUGGAAUGGAUUUGUGACGACACUAGUGCCCAGUGGCCACAUACGAGCUUACACGCUGUGCGGGGCGCUUGUGGCCGAGUCACCACUGUAUAAGGACCUGCGGUACCCCAACCCCACACUGCUCGCCCGCGGCCUCGUGUUUGCCUCAACCAUCACUUCGCGGACACUGCUGUCGUACUGGCACAUGGACCGUGACCGCGACUACUGGCUGGUGGGGGAGAGCGUGCUCACCAGCUGGCUCCAGAGGGGGGCGCACGCCGUGGGCAACACAAGUCAUCGCAAAGAAUUAAGGCAAGAUUCUGGCAGCUCUGUUUCCAACGGGUCUUCUUCAUUUUUUGAGGGAGGGAGCAGCUGCGUGGUGACGCUGGCGAAGGUGAGGCUCGGGGCCGCUGUGCUGCUUGAGGUCACCAUAGUGCAAUACCAGCGUGGCCUCGUCUUCUGCGGCACAAGUCAAGGUUACUUGUUGGUGUACAAGAUAAUGGAAGACACGUGGAAGAGCGAGGUUGGCCUGAAGUGGGAGGUGUUGGAAGCCUGCAUGCCCUCGCUCUGCCUCUCCCUCACGCGCCGUCCCCUGGCAAGGAUCGCCGUUUGCUUCAUCGACGCCGUCAUCAUGGUGACUGUAGGGGACAGGGACGGCAACUGCCACAUGGUCUCCCUCCCCACCUCCGCCCCCUAUACCUCUGCUUCCUAGAAGCUGCCAGAAUCAGAUCCUUGGCUGUGAAGGGUCCUCAGGAUCCGCCCCGCCCCCUCCCUGCAGUAACAGUCUUGUUUUCUCUUUGAGACUUGUUUUUAUAGCGUUGGCUCAACUCAGAGGUUUUUAACAACAGCACAUGAUAACUUUGCAAUCAACAUCAUCGACUUUUAUCAAUUUGUUACUUAGAGUAAAUAUUUUGUUUUAUGAAGCAACAUAAAUAAAAUAACUUCUUGUU